UGUUUCGGGAUAGCGAUGGCCGCUUCGCCGAGGGCAGCGAUGCUGUGCUAUGCCGGGUGCAAGGACCACCGCUGUGAGCCCCACUUCCUCCAGUCCUGCUUCCUCUGCAACAAGCCUCUCGGCUUCAACUCCAAUAUCUUCAUGUACAGGGGCGACACGGCGUUCUGCAGCAAAGAGUGCAGGCAAGAACAGAUAGAGCUCGACGAGGCGAAGGAGAAGAGCUGGAAGAGGUCGCAGGCCUCGUCUUCCUCCUCCUCCUCUAACGCCUCCUCCUCGAGGGCGUCGAGAAAAUCGGAGUCGUCCAAGGGCGGCAAGGCCGUACGGACCGGCACGGUGGCAGUCGCUUGAAAUUCGUUCUUGACCCUGUAAAGAAGAAGAUCCCCUGGGAAAAAUUCCUGGGAAAUCUGUAUCUUUAGCCCCCUCCUUCGAUGUGUAAAGAGAGAUCGGCAGGGGUCCAGAAUCUAUCUGAUUGAGAAAAAAAGGGGUCAAGAAAGAGCGUGAGAAAAGAGAGACCCCGCCAGGAAAAUUUUGUUUUUUUUUUUCUUUUUGUUGUCUCCUAUUUUUUUUUUUUCCUAUGCUGGAAUGUUCAUGAGGGAAAAACAAGAAGAGAUGGUGGAUCCCUUUAAUGAGAAUUGGCAAUAUUUUUAUUUUGCUUUAUUUUCGUUAUGUUAUCAUGGAAAAACAUA